UGCAGGCUAAGAGGAUGGAAUGCUGCUGUGCUGCAGGGAGGGGUUGAUGAUGCUCUGCAGGCAGGGAGGGGACCAUCUAUCUCCCUGGCGAUGCUGAGGAUUAACUGUUACCAUGGUUACGAGAGUCAGGAGGAGCAGAUGAUGCUGACACUGUCUGUACAGCACAGGAUCCAACGAUCAUCGGGAUGCACACUGGACCCUGACACACAACAGCUGAAUGGAAAAACAUCAAAAGAUCCCUCUUACCUCUCCUGGCAGUGUCACUUCCUCCAGAGGGCCAAGUGUGCCAGGCUCCCCCUCUUCUAUUACUGCGCGGAUGGAUAGUCGUGUACUGGGGUACAAGGAUCUGGCUGCCCUUCCUCGUGAUAAGGCAAUAUUGGAUAUUGAGCGCCCAGAUUUGAUGAUUUAUGAGCCCCAUUUCACCUACUCACUUUUAGAGCAUACUGAUACCCUGCGCAGUCGAGAGCGCUCACUGUCACCGAAGUCCAUAUCACCCCCUCCAUCUCCAGAGGUCUCUGCACUAUGGGCAGAAACAAAGUCUACUGCCAGUGGCUCCACUAUACAAGCAGCCCGAGGUGGAAGCUCUUCACCUAGAGGAGUAGUCCAGCAUUUUCACUGCCCAGAGCUAUCGCGGAAGGAGCCUAAUCUAUACAAGAAACCUCCAAUUUACAGGCAAAGAGAAACAGUGCACAGACUCUCUGAUGACCCCAUUGUUGAAUCCUCCAAGUUCCCAGCUGCACGACCACCAGACCCCAACCAACUUGCAAAGAUUGAGACGGAUUACUGGCCAUGUCCCCCUUCCCUGGCAGUUGUAGAGUCUGAGAGACGUCAUCGAAGGGAGUCUAAAAAAGCAGAGGAAGAAGGUGAAGAAGGUGAGGAUUUGAAAGAGUUAAGGGAUAUGCAGAAGCAAGAGCUAAGCAAGAUUCAGUCCAAUUUGGGAAAAUUAAUACUAAAAGAGGAAAUGCAGAAAGGAGGCAGCCUUAGAAGAAAAACCCGUUCCUUGCCUGACCGGACCCCAUUCUACACACCUGUACACUAUUGGCACGGACGAAGCAGCUUAACACGGCUUCAGUCUGCAGAGUUUCCAGCUCAGGAUCUUCUGAGAGAAAAUUCAGGGUUCCAGAAUGGAGAAGGCCAGAGAUCAAGGAUGGAUCGAGGAAACUCUCUCCCUAGCAUGCUGGAGCAGAAGAUAUUUCCCUACGAGAUGCUCAUAGUGACCAACAGAGGACGCCAGAAACUGCCUCCAGGUGUAGACAAAACACAGUUGGAGAAAUAUCUCUCCUCUGAGGAGUUCCAGCGUCUCUUCGCUAUGCCUAUGGAUGAGUUUAUCAAGUUGCCUCUGUGGAGAAGAAAUGAGCUCAAGAGGAAACUGCUUCUUUUCUAAUACUGCAGGGGCUUUAACUGUCCUUUCCAAAUAAGGGAAGAGGCUAAGGGUGUAAAUUCACAAGGGGAGUCCCCAAUUCAUUUUCCAUAUGAGGUGGACCGUAAGGAUGGGAAUGUUUGUCCGUGAGAAGAAAUCUAUAGAAUCAGGAAAUUACCUUGAUGGUCACUAACUGAACAAGAAGCUGGACGUAUGUCUGCAGGAUAAAUAUUUAUACAUAUAUACACAUAUUUACUACAAUCUUUCUAAAGCUUGUCUACUUUACCACUAGAUGCUCUGAAACAGGACCAGUCUCUACAUCAUCUUAUGGCACCAGACUUAAAUCCACUACAAAACACUACUGCAUAACUUGACACCACACAAUUUAGAUACCACAUAACAGCUGUGUUAAAUAGUUCACACACUACUAAAGAUUUGCUUACAUAAUGCUAGGUAACUCUUCCCCGGGCAUAUCACAUUCUACAUGCAAUAGAGUGCACCUCACAAGAUCACAACUAAUACAUUAAAGAACAAAUUUCAGUCAUUGCCAUCUUCUUUCUUUACAAUAAUCACAAUUUGUGAACAAUUUGUCACACACAGUAAGUACCCGCAUACAUCAUGUAAAAGGAAGUCCACAUUUACAACACGGAUAUGGGCUUUGCUACUGUAAUAUAAUUAGUGAAUUUGAGCUAAGGUACUGUGACCUGAUGUUAUAAGCUGUCAGCUCUGUGUAUGUUUAAUGGCUGAGAGCUUUUUAGUUUACUGCAACCCUAUCUUACCUUACUGUCCAUGGGACAAAAGGGCAUAUCUCUCCCACUUUCACCAUUUGCCUCCAAGGGCAGUUAAUAUAGCCCCAUGCUGUGUGUGGUUUGUGACAUGCUGAACUUUGGUACACACAUAUCCUAUCAUCUCCUAUUUUAUUGUCUCAUAUCACUUAUUUAUCACAUUUUAUCAAACCACCAGUCUCCCCACAUGUCCACUUAGCCAGUCCAGCCCCACUAACAUUAACUCUUCAUAUAUACACCUAAUGUUUACUGUGUCCUUCCAUUAAUAUUACAUGUAUGUCUCUGUAUGUCAUUGUGACCCUUCACAAUCUUUGUCAUCUCUCCACAUGUGUCUGUACAUCCUCUUCCAUUCCUGAUGUGCCUCUCCUAGGAUAUUUUACACAUGGUUUUCCUUUUACAUGUGUCCCGUGUCCUCCCUUUUGUGUGGAAGCUUUUAUGAUUAUAUUUUUUGCUUCUGAUGUAUAAUUAUUAAUAUUAUUAAAGAUAACUGGGUA